UAGGAAGUUUGGAGAUGGCUGUCUGUUUGGCAACAGAUUACAACCAUCAUCAAAUACACUCAAACAAUCUCUCCAAACUUUACUCUUUUCUCCAAUGGCACACGCAUAAUCUCUAAUCACAAUCAAAAGGCAGGAAAUUCGCGGGGGGUGAAAGCAAAAGCAGAGCAAGUAAGUGAUUGAACUUUCACCUUCAUUACCAUCACAUGUCAAAGAUGGAAGAGCAAUUAUUACAAGCUGUGCAAAUUGCAUCUUCACCCGCUGGUCAAAAUCCAAAUAUCGUUCAAGAUGCAUUGUCAUUCCUUGAACAGGUAAAGCUUAACUCACAAGAAGUUUGGUCACCAUGUUGGAAUAUAUUUGCAGCUCGUUCAGAGGAAACACAAAGGCCACUUCAUUCACAUCAACAAAGAAUUUUCGCUUUAACUUUGGUGACUGAUUAUUUGGAAAACAAGAUCACCACCGGAAGUGAUCCUUCUCAAGCUGUUGCUUUUCUCCAAGCCGCAGCGUUGAAACACUUUGAUGAAGAAUACAUCGGUGGCACAGGUGAAGAUGGAACAGCUUACGUCAAAAACAAAUUUGCUCAAUUUUUGUCUUGUCUUUUGGUGCAAACGUAUGGUCUGCCGCCUCCUUUCACUUUGCUGCCUGAUCUUGUCGGACGAAUGCGCACGCAUAAUGCAUCCUCCUCUUCAGCUUUGAAUCCAACAUCGACAGAUAUGGUACUUCGAUUAUUGCAUGAAAUCAGCGUUAAUUUGGGCUCAGAUGCCACUUUGCGUGCCGUACGAUCAAGAGAGCGUGUUGCUCGUGAUACUGCGAUUCGAGAUGAAAUUCGUAAUUCACAAGCAACAGGGAUCGCCGAUGCUGUCUGGAAAGUGAUCGAGGAAAGCUUUGCCAAAACACAAGAACUUGCAUCUGCACCUGCUUCCUCGACUGACGGACAAGGAUGGAGCAUGAUGAAAGCAGUCGAAAUUACGUGUGGUGCAUGUGAAGUGAUUGGCGAUUAUGCUUCAUGGAUCGAUAUUGGCUUGGUAGUUACGCCUGAUACUGUCGAUUUACUCUGUCGCCUAUUACAAGAUAACAAUCCAAGCAUUCGUUCAGCAGCAUCAGACGCACUGAACGGGAUCGUAUCAAAAGGUAUGAAAUCGCCCGAUAAGAUGACUUUGUUGCGCAUUUUGAAUCUGACGACCAUGGUGGGUGAUUUGGAACGCAAAACACGCAAGCCAGAAGGUGUAAACGAACUGCCUGACGAAGAGGUCAUCUUUCGCGAGCAUUUGGCUAAACUGACAAAUGCAGUUGCGAUUGAGAUUGCAAAAGUUGUCGAAGAUGGUUCUGCACCUUCGGAUAUGAGAUCUGAAGCUGAUGGAAUGCUUUUGAGCCAUAUGCAUCUUGUGUUGGAUUUCUUGACAGAUGAAUAUGACGAAAUGGCAGAUCACGUUUUGCCAUGCAUUGGUGUCGUUUUGACAAUCUACAAAAGAUUACAAAGACAAAGCAGCAUUGCACAAGCACAGGCAACUGGUUUGCCAGCCACGCAAGGCGCCCUGACCGCGGAAAAGUCGAACUUAUUAUCAAGGCUGAUGGGUAUUAUCUUGAUCAAGAUGAAGUUCGAUGAAGAUUCGGAAUGGAAAGGCACGCAUGACGAAGAAGAAGACGAGGAUGAUGACGAUGAAACAGCAAAAUUCAUUCAAUUACGAAAACAGUUACAGCAACAUGCCGCUUCCAUUGCUGGCAUUGAUGAAAACUUGUUCAGCACGCCAACGAUCAACCUCAUUUAUGAGACCUUGAAUGCAUGUGAUGCAUUCUUGAACAAUACAGGGCCAGAAGUAUCUUGGCAGCGGGCCGAGCUGGCAUUAUUUGCAGUCUACUUUGUCGGCGAGAUUCUCACCACCAGUAAUGCCCAACCCAAAGCGGCUGUUGGGCCAAUGUCGUUUGUCAGCUUACCGGCCAACACUCCCAAAUCGGUGCGUAACAAACCACCAGAAGGAUUCUUGCUCUCCCUCACUUUGAAUCAGUUGGGUGAAGUGAUUCAACGUUUUUACGAGUCAAAGAUUUCUGCAUAUCGACACUCAGCCGUGCAAAUGCAAUACUUCGAUUGUUCAGUUCGUUAUGCUGCCUUCUUCUCUGUACGUCCAGAAAUGUUGGCAGAUGCUUUGACGCCUUUCCUUGAUUGGCGUGGAAUCCACAACGAGAGCAAAAGUGUACGCUGUCGAACGGAUUAUCUUUUCCUUCGAUUCAUCAAAGAGACUCGUGAACAUAUUCAAUCGAGCUAUGUGCAAGGAAUUUUGGAAAGUAUGAGAAGUGUGUUGGUCGUAUCGGCAAAGAUUGUGCCCGUAGGACAAGGAGAAGAUCCGUUUGAAGAAGCAUUGAAAAAGUCGGCCGUAUUUGAUCGUCAGUUGGAUCUGUUUGAGGCUUGCGGAGUUUUAUUGCAACUGUUGCGUCAAACACCAGACACUCAAAUGAUGAUGUUGAAAGCUUUGAUCGAUCCUCUUUCAGACCAAUUCCGUCAAGCUGUUGAAGCAAGAUUGGCAGACGAGAACAAUUUGCAGGCGAUCUUGCAAAUUCAUCAUCUCUUCUUUGCAUUGGCAAAUCUAGCAAAAGGAUUUCCAGACAUUUCGCCAUCUAGCUCGGCACAAACGUUACCGUGGAUGGAGUUGUUCAAAGGGAUUAUCGAACAAAUGCUCACAACCUUACAAACAGGCGCCUUGAGCAGCUUCAAGGUGAUUCGAGAUGCAGCUCGAGGGGCAUUUAGUCGAAUGGUCUCAACCACUGGCUUCAUCGCAUUGCCAUACGUUCCAUCACUUUUGCAAAUCUUAUUGCCACGAUUGAGUGAGAACGAGCUGCUUGACUUUUACAGCUUUUUGGGUCUGAUCACCGCAAAGUACAAGACUGACUUGGCUUCAGUUAUGGACGAGAUGUUGGGCUCGCUUCUGGACCGCACUUUCUACUUCUUGAAUCAAGAUGUAAGUGGAACAGAUGACAUUGUCACGCGUGAACAGUUGAUUAGAGGAUAUGUGACAUUCUUGUCCACUUUGAUCGGUGCGGGUUUGGAUGAGGUUUUACGUUCAGACCAUAAUCAAAGCAAGCUUGAAACCGUUUUGCAAUCAUUGGUCUUCUAUGCAACAAACAGUCCACCUGCUACGGUUCGCAUUAUUGCCAAUAUAAUGACCCGCUUGGUGACAUUAUGGUUGGAGAAGAUCACAUCGAGCGGUCCAGGAGACUCUCCAACUUUACCCACCGCAAAUGGAAACGGAAAUGCUGCCAAUGCUCAAAUUGCAACGCCUCGUUUACCUUUGCCUGGAUUUGAGCAGUUUGUUUACAGCACUUUUGUCGGUUUGAUCUUUGAGAUUCCAAGCAAACCUUCUUUUGAUUUCAACGAUGCACAAAGUCAAAUCGCAUUAACGGAAUUAUGCAGUUUGGCAAAGGCAAUAUAUCAAAAACGAGGUCAAGAAUUCGUUGAUAUGCUCUUGACGGCAUAUUUCCCUUCCAUCAAUUGUCCUUCCGAAUUGGCAAAUGAGUUUGUCUUGGCAUUGCAAAAGCAAGAAACAAAAGUGUUUAAGAAAAGUUUGGAGACUUUCAUCCUUCGUUCUCGCUCUUCGACAAAUGUGGUAUAAGCAACAUAUCUUCGCAAUAGCAUCGUAAAACAAGUUCUCGAUCGCAAGCAUCAUUUGACUUUUGGCAUCGGGCUUCUUCAAAAUUGUACAUCAGGCUUCGGGCAGGAUAAGGAGUAACCCAGAACCGCUAAUCAAAAGCAAUGAAAAAGUAUCCCCCCAUCAAUGAUUCCCGUCGUCAUAAAGACGACAAAGGCAUGUUCAUUCACCCCUAUCAUAGAAUCCAACAAACAUGUGUAUUAUCACUUUCAAGGCGGUCCGUUUUGUUGUCUAAAGCAAUGGACGAGAAUAUCCGCGCCUAUCAAUGUCAUCAAUAUGAAUUACUCUGU